UCUUUCGACAGCGCACCAAUCCCGACGCUAGUCACCCGGAACACAACAAGGCGGAAUUUUUCAUCCCCCCCCCCCCCCUCGUCUUCCUCCUCCGUCGCCGUCUCGUCGCGCUCCGAUCCAUCACUAGCGCCAGAUCCGCCACGCCCAUCCCAUGGCGUCGCGCAGGCGAAUGCUCCUCAAGGUCAUCAUCCUCGGCGACAGCGGGGUCGGGAAGACCUCGCUGAUGAACCAGUAUGUGAACAAGAAGUUUAGCAAUCAGUACAAGGCGACGAUCGGCGCGGAUUUCCUGACCAAGGAGGUCCAGAUCGACGACCGCCUCUUCACAUUACAGAUAUGGGAUACGGCAGGACAGGAACGGUUUCAGAGUCUUGGUGUGGCAUUUUAUCGGGGAGCUGACUGCUGUAUUCUUGUAUACGAUGUGAAUGUUACCAAGUCAUUUGAAAAGCUCAACAACUGGCGUGAGGAAUUUCUGAUACAAGCUAGCCCAUCUGAUCCAGAGAAUUUCCCAUUUGUUGUACUUGGGAACAAGAUUGAUGUUGAUGGUGGUAAUAGCCGGACUGUUUCUGAGAAAAAGGCUAAAGCAUGGUGUGCUUCAAAAGGGAAUAUCCCUUAUUUUGAGACGUCUGCUAAAGAAGGCUUCAAUGUAGAAGCUGCUUUUGAGUGUAUAGCUAGGAAUGCUGUCAAGAAUGAGCCAGAAGAAGAUAUGUAUCUUCCUGAUACAAUCGAUGUUGGGGGUGCUGGAAGGCAACAACGCUCGUCAGGCUGUGAAUGCUAGAAGAUAUGGGCGAAGCGAUCCCCUUGGUUGGUUGAUUGAUUCUGUGGGGUCUGUUGUUGAUUGCCGGUCUCUUUCCAUAUGUGUAGUUUGCGAAGCUUGUAUUUGUGCCAUUGUCUACAUACGGGUGCUUAUUUUAUUGUUGACUCCCUUGUGUAGACGCAGAAAAUUCAUUUGUAACUGCGGCUUCCUUUGUCGGCGCGCCCUGACGUCGCCAGCAAACAAGCAGCGCCAUGCAUUCAUGCAUGCCCAGUGGCCACGAACCAAAAAUAUAAUCCACAGCAUAUUUUCUGUGCA